AUGCAAGAAGGGUUGGGGUAAGGUGCACAGUUUUAUGAAUGUCUUGAUUGCUCUCAUAUCAGAAAAGAAAUUUAAAAUACUAAAAAAUAAAUUGAUGAUGAUUAAUUUUACUUAGUUUUAUGUGAGGAAUGUUUUCUGACACCUUAACACAAAGGCCAUAAAUAUAAAAAGAUUGAAGGAUGCGAUACAAGUUAAUUUAAGUGCCACUGUGGUGAAUCUAACAUUAUGGAUAAAAAUUUUUUUUGCAAUUGUCACAGAGGAUUCGAAAAAUCAAAAGGUAUUUUUGAAAAAGAAUACUAAAAUCACACAAAGAUGUGGAAAGGAAUCGAAAUAUUCUUUUUAGAUAUGUUUCAUUUGUUAUUUGAUAGUAUAAUUGAUUUAAAUAAGAUAGCUGAAGAGAAAAUAGUUAUUCUUGAUAAUGAAAAGUAAGUAAAUAAUCUAAAGAAGAAUAAUAAAAACUAAUAUAUUACUUAAGAAUAAUACAAGCAUAGAACAGAAAGGAUUAAUUUUAUUUUGAGAUUGAUCUUAAAUAAGUUUAAUGAGUUAUUAGAGAUAAACCCUAUUUUACUUCACUUUAUUCCUAUUAUCUUCUCAAAGACUCUGACUAAACCAAUCGCUUUGCGGUUUAUCAAAUAUGAUGAGAUUAUUCCUGAUAGAUGCAAAUGGGCAAGAAUUUUCAAAGAAUAAAAGGAGGUAAAUAAUAACUUAACUAUAUAUGAGGUUUUGCUUCUUUCAUAUAAUUUGGUAGAUAACCAAAAUGAUUAAAUAUUAACAGAACUACUUAGGUCUGCUCUUAAAGUAAAUAAUACAUUUUAUUUAACUCUUUGUGAAAAGUUUAUGAAAAUGUUUGCCUAUACAAGUAGACCAUAAAAUGGAGUUAUUUAAAAACGAGUUUAUAAUAUUGGAUUCUUUCCAUCUCUUUCAUACCUAGUAAUUGACUAUAUUUCGUUUUAGAAUACUUUCGAUCACUUGAUUACAACUUUAGGUGAUGAUAUUUUAGGUCCAAUGAAUUACUUAAGCCUUUAUCUAUCAGCCAGAUAAAAUGUUGUUGCUGAUUUUGAUGAAUAGUUGUAUAUUUUGAUGAGUAUUUCCUUUGAAAUGUUAUCGUUUGUAGAUUAAUUAAAGGUGCUACUAUAAAAAUAUCCUGAAUAGCUUAUUUCAAAUCUGAUUAGAAUUUGCUUUGCUUUAUUUACAAAUAAUAGCGUCACUAUAAAGUAAGAAAUUUCACAAAAUUUACCAGAGCACGUAAGUACUAAGCUAUAAAAAAUGUUGUUCUAUUCUUAGUACAAACAGAUAGAGAAAGUUAUGAUUAUGACAUUUGUGAAUAUAUUUGAAGGUUUAUUGCUGAUAAACAACUAAAAGUUAAUACAAAAAGUUAUACCUUUAUUUGUCCAUUAAUAUUGUCUAGGAGUUUAUAAUUGUCAGUAAUUUUUAAAUUAAUUAAUUAAUUAAUUAAAACUUAGAAUUUUGUAGUUUCUCUGCCACUAUUAUAAGCUAUUUACCUUUACUUAUAGCUAUUUCUGA